CAAAAAUUUUGCUUCACGAAUGACGACCAGAUUGUGUCAUCUGUGAAAAACGAAGAAGAAUUCUUCUAAUACAAAGUAUCCAAGCAAUUAGCUUUUUCGUUUUGAGGACAAAUACUUGGCUUGCAAAUUGGGUGGUGUUUGGUUACAAGGGUAAGUGGAAAAAUGAAGAAAUCACCAUUGCCGUUGCAAAAUGCAUGUGGCGGUAGUAAGAAUCAGAGUCUGGGAAAGGAAGCUUUGGUGAAGCUAUUGAGGUGGCAUUUUGGGCAUCCUGAAUUUAGAGGCAAGCAAUUGGACGCCAUUGAAGCUGUCUUAUCAGGAAGAGAUUGCUUUUGUCUGAUGCCAACUGGUGGCGGGAAGUCAAUGUGUUAUCAGAUACCGGCCCUCGCCAAGAAAACUGGAAUUGUGCUUGUUGUUUGUCCUUUAAUAGCUUUGAUGGAAAACCAGGUGAUGGCAUUGAAGGAGAAAGGAAUUGCUGCUGAGUAUCUCUCCUCGACUCAGGCAACCCAAACCAAAAAUAAGAUCCAUGAAGACCUUGAUUCUGGAAAACCAUCUCUGAGGCUACUUUAUGUGACUCCAGAACUGAUUGCCACACCCGGAUUUAUGACAAAGCUGAGAAAGAUACACACGAGAGGGUUGCUAAAUCUUGUUGCCAUAGAUGAGGCACACUGCAUCUCUUCAUGGGGCCACGAUUUCAGGCCUAGCUACCGAAAGCUGUCAACUUUAAGGAGCCACUUCCCAGGUGUACCAAUAUUGGCUUUAACAGCUACAGCCGUUCCUAAAGUUCAGAAGGAUGUGAUAGAGUCCUUAUGUCUUCAGCACCCGUUAAUCCUAAAAUCUUCUUUCAAUCGUCCUAAUAUACAUUAUGAAGUUCGAUACAAAGAUCUUUUAGAUGAUGUCUACGCUGAUUUGUGUGAUGUGCUAAAAUCUAGCGGAGAUGUCUGUGCAAUUGUUUACUGCCUUGAACGUACAAUGUGUGAUGACUUGUCUGCUCAUCUAUCAAAAAAUGGAAUUUCAUGUGCUGCUUAUCAUGCAGGGUUGAAUGAUAAACUACGGAGCUCUGUCUUAGAUAAUUGGAUUUCUUCUAAGAUACAAGUUGUUGUGGCAACGGUGGCUUUUGGGAUGGGUAUAGAUAGAAAAGAUGUCAGAAUUGUUUGCCAUUUUAAUAUUCCCAAGUCAAUGGAAGCCUUCUACCAAGAGUCAGGUAGAGCUGGUCGUGAUCAACUACUCUCCAGAAGCCUGUUAUACUAUGGAAUCGACGAUUGCAAAAGAAUGAAAUUUAUUCUAAGCAAUGCUGAUAACAAGAAGUCAAAGGCCUCAAACUCACAGGAAGAGUUGUCAAAAAAAACCCUGACCGACUUCCAGCAGAUGGUCGAGUAUUGUGAGGGUUCUGGAUGCCGUAGGAGAAAAAUUCUUGAGACGUUUGGUGAAAAGGUACCCGCAUCACUAUGUGGAAAAGCAUGUGAUGCCUGCAAACAUCCAAACUUAGUGGCCAAGUAUUUGGAGGAGCUUGCAAAUACUUGUAUCGUCCGGCAAAAGUUUGGUUCAUCUCGAAUUUUUAUGAGCAGCUCCUCAGAUACGAUUAAUGAAGAUCGAAACUCUGAAUUCUGGAAUCGUGGUGAUGAAGAAAGUUGUUCUGAGGACGACAUAUCUGAUUCUGAUGAUGGUCUUGCAGUCAAGAACCUUGCCAGGUCAAAGUUGCCAAAAAAGGUGGGAAUCAGUGAAAAAAUUGAGUGCUUGCAGCGUUUAGAAGAAAGAUAUUACCCGGAUAAAUCUUCUGAUAAGCAGAUAAAUAAACCAGAGAAGAAUGCUAUAUCUGAUACGCUGAGGGAAGCAAGCAAGCAAAGAUUACAAAAUGCUCUAAAGCAGGCUCAGCAGCGGCUUGGUAACUUAAAGAUUGAAGUGGAAAAAUCAGCCUCUUUUCUCGAAAACGAGUGUUACGACAAAUAUGGGAAAACUGGGAAAUCUUUUUAUUAUUCUCAAGUGGCAAGUACAGUGAGGUGGCUAUCAUCUGCAGAUUAUACUGGCUUAACUAAUCGCCUUGGCACCAUUAACAGUUCCCUAUCAGACGAUGCUCCUACUGAGACAGAACCUCCUGCAGCACGAUCACCUUUGGUGGAGGGACCAACAGAAACUUCUGUAGCUGUGUCACCAACGGAAAUUGAUUCCCCAAGUACAAGGCUGCCACCAAUUCCGUCCUUCUCACAGUUUAUCAACACCAGAAAGACAAAAGACAACAGAUCAAGUGCAUCAGAAAAGAAAUCACCAAAUGGAGUUCAGAAGAACCUAGAGAAAAGAAUGAGGUUGCAGUAGGUUGAAUAUCUUGGUUCUUUUAUUUUAUAAUUUUUUUGAGGAAACUAGGCAUACAGAUACUUCGCACUUUCUUCUCAUUGUCAAUAGCUGAUCUUCAGCAGUUAUUUCCUUGUAGUGUUCAAAACCCAGCUAUAAAAUCUAACAUGUGGAAGAGGCAUGUAUAUCCGGUUAUGGUUAUUUAGAUUCUAUCACAAAAAAUCACAAAUUCGAUUUACCGUUUUA